AUGUUGCGCGAGUUGCAGCGCAAGGCCCGCCGCGACACCGAGACGGUGACGGAGGAGCACCUCGAGGACGCAAAGACGCUUCUCGGUCUCUUCGGCGUCCCCUUCCUCGUCGCGCCAAUGGAGGCAGAGGCGCAGUGCGCCGCCCUCGAGGCGGACGGCAUCGUCGACGGCGUGGACAACGACGUCUUCCUCUUUGGCGGCCGCAACGUGUACCGCCAGCUCUUCGAGCCGAACCGCAACGUGGAGCACUACACGAUGGACGACGUCGAGAGCGAGCUCUCCCUGCCGCGUCACCGGCUGAUCGAGCUCGCGCAGCUUCUCGGCUCCGACUACACCGACGGAGUGCACGGCGUCGGCAUCGUCAACGCGAUGGAGGCGAGCGGCGAGAGAUGUAGCAGCGAGGUCGUCUCCUCCUUCUCCGACCUCUCCUCCUUCGGCGCCUGGGUGCGCGCCUGGACGCCCGGCGGAGGGCCCGGCACCGAGGACGAGAGGGACGCGGGCGCGGACGCGGGGGCGGAGCGGCGGAAGCGCUUCAAGCACCGCCACCGCAACAUGCGCCAGCGGUGGGCGGUCACCGAGGCGUACCUCCGACCCACCACCGAGCGGUACGACGCCGACGCGUGCGUGUGGGGGAGGCCCGACCUGCACGGGCUGCGCUCCUUCUGCCUGCACAAGUUCGGCUGGCAGCAGCAAAAGGCGGACGAGCAGCUGCUGCCGAUGAUGCGAGCCUUUGAGCAGACGCAGGCCAUGGACUCAGAGGCAAAGGCGCCGUGGGAGGCCAGGGCAAAGGCGGACAAGGAGCGACUCGCCGCCGAGCAGCGGGCCAUGUGCGCGGCGCCGCGAGACGGUGCGACCGCGGCGACAGGAGCGGUUGGCGCGGGGCAGAGCUUGUACGACGCCGGAGGAAGCUCUGACUCUGACAGCGAGUGA